AGUUCACGUAAAGUUCAUUUGCCAGGUGGCCGAUACAGGUGAAUAGAAUUCAUAUCAGUACCUCAUUUAAAGUUAGUUUUUCACAACUGUCUAUUAUAUUUGUGCAACGAAUAUUGACAUAAACUUGUUCCUGAUGUUAUUAUUAUAUGUAUAGUGAGUUUUUAUUUAGUUUAGUCCGGAAUAUAACAGAAUGUCAACAAAUAGAUUUCACAAGGCCGCAAAAGACGGCAUGUUAGAAGUAUUAAAAGAAACAACAAAAAGAGACUGCAACACAAGAGACGAGCAAGGUAUGACACCGACAUUAUACGCAGCUUUUUACGGAAAUUUAGACGCUUUAAGACUAUUAUGCGGAAGAGGCGGUAAUCCCGACAAAUCAGAUUUAUUCGGCAACACAGCUUUACAUUUGGCAGCUGCUCAAGGUCACAAACACAUCGUUAUAUUUCUAGUCAAUUUCGGAGCAAAUAUCUACGCCACUGAUAUAGAUGGAAGGACGCCGCAAGAACUCGCAGGGGUUAAUGGUAGAGAUGAAAUUUUACGAUUCAUAGAUGGCGUUCAAGCUAAACUGGAAGCAACAGAUAAAAAAAGAGUUAAAGCUAUGCAAGAAAAAGCCAAAGAGAGUGCCAAAAAGAGAGUCAAAAAUUUUAAUAAGCAAAUGGCGAAACAAGAACACUUGAAUGAGAAACAAGAAAGACGAAAAUACAAAGAUAAUCGACCGUCAAUGAUUUCAACUUUAAGAUCGAAAAUAAUAGGAGGUUCAAUGUCGAACUUAUUAAAUGAUAAUCCUACAGAAAGACGAAACACUUAUAGCGCUAUAAUCAGUGGAGGAUCUGUUGCUGGUAGAGGAAAUAUGAGUACAGUUCAAAGAAGAAUUUUAGCUAACAAAAAUAAUAGAUUAGGACAAGUCGACGAUGAAUUUAAGGUAAGCGGAAUGGAAGAUGGUAAAUUCACGGUAAACUCUUUAAAAGGUAUUCGAAGAGAUUCGGAAGUAUUAUACGGCGGGACCUUGGAAGGGACUAGUUUGAAAGAACGGGGGCGCUUAGAUGGUAUAUUCAACGAAGCCGAAUCUGUUAAUAACGUAAUAACCCCAGCUCCGGGGCGGUUAUUGAGAUCUGCAUCGCAACCAGAUUUUUUGCAAGAAAUGAGAAAUAACGCUGACGACAAGAUGCAGGAUUCUGCGAGUAUUUUUAUCAGACCUGGAAUCGGGAGCAUAGUUAUAAGGAAAAGCAUUACACAAAAUACGUUUAGUAGAUACGGAAAUAAUGAAGAAAGUUCCAUUGGUUCGGGUGAAAGUUGUGGUCCGAGACAUUUAACAGACGAUGAAUUAUCAGACACUGGUUCCAGUGAGGACGAAAACCCAAACGGAGCAUUAGAAAGAUUUUUAACGGCAUUCGGAUUAAGGGAAUACCUUCCUAGAUUUUUAGAAGAGAAAAUUGAUUUGGACACGUUAAUGCUUCUUGAAGAAAGUGAUAUAAAGAGCCUUAAUUUACCGAUUGGACCUUACAGGAAUUUGAUAGUAGCUAUCAACGAAAGGAAAGGGGCUCUCGAAAAUCCUGGCGAAGUUAAAGAUACGAUGGUUUGAAUAAAAAAGAACAAAUUAUAUGUACAGAUUUUAAUAUAUUCAAUUUAAUAAAA